UUGUUUCAUAAAAGUUAGCAGAAAUUCGGUGGAGAGACUCUCUCUGUUAUUCUUUUUUUCCCGAUUGUUUCUUCCAUCUUUUUAGGGUUUAAUUUUAUUUUUUUAAUCUUGAAAAUAAUUUUGAUAAUUUUAUGAAGCUUUUAGACAUUUCAUUUCAAUCAAUUUAUCAAAAGAUUUUCAAAAAGAAGAGAGACGAAAAAGAUUCAUAAAUAUUUGGAUCAAAACAGAAGAAGUUGCUUUGUUUUCUCGAGAAAAUGGAGUCAAAUUCAUGGAGCUUUCGAUUCUCCCAUUCUUCUUCUUCUUCGUCUUCGUCAAGGCGUCGUCAAUCACGAUCUGAUCUGUUUCUAGGAGGAGGAUAUGAAGAAAUUGACGGAGAUGAGGAUUUCAAGGCACAGUUUUUAUGUCCAUUUUGCGCUGAGGAUUUCGACAUUGUUGGACUUUGUUGCCAUAUCGAUGAAGAACAUCCUGUUGAAGCCAAAAACGGGGUGUGCCCGGUUUGUGCGAAGAGGGUCGGAAUGGAUAUUGUCAGCCACAUUACCAUGCAACAUGGGAAUUUUCUUAAGGUUCAGCGCAAGCGGAGAUUACGCAAGGGUGGGUCCAAUUUGACAUUUUCGAUGUUGAGAAAAGAGCUGCGAGAAGGAAAUUUGCAGGCCCUUCUUGGGGGAUCUUCAUUUCUCCCUUCUCCCAAUGUUGAAGCCGAUCCGUUAUUAUCUUCAUUUAUGUUUAGUCCUCCCACAGGUGAUGAGCCUUUAAGCUUGCAACCUCUUUCUAUUGCCGAAGCAAGUGUGGUAAAGGAAAGUGGAAAUAAAGAAUUUCUGGGAAGAAAGCCUCAACAGUCCCAACUGUCGGACAAGGAUCACGAGGAGAAAGCUAGAAGGUGCGAGUUCAUCCAAGGACUGUUGAUGUCCACUUUUCUUGACAAUAACUUAUAAGUUGAUUGGGGGUGCAUUUGUAGUGGUUAUGCCAAUAUAAUAUUAGGUCUGAGAGAGAGUAAAGCAUAAAGAAGACCUUCACCCUACCUCAGGAAAACAGUAAACCGGUUAGAUCCCCGGAACUUUAUAUAUCUAUUGUAUUUAGAGCUUCUGUGCAUAAUGAAAAGAUGGAAGAACUUUAUCCUA